UCCUCUUCCGGUCCGCGGGCCGCUGAAACCGAAAGUGUAGUGUUUGGAGCGCCGCGCGGAGAUUGGCUCACCUUCACCUGCGCGAGCCCCAGCCGAUUCAGUGGGGAACCCCGACGAGCAGUAAGACAUGAACGGAAGAGUGGAUUAUUUGGUCACCGAGGAGGAAAUCAAUCUUACUAGAGGACCCUCGGGGCUGGGCUUCAACAUCGUCGGUGGGACAGAUCAGCAGUAUGUCUCCAACGACAGUGGCAUCUACGUCAGCCGCAUCAAAGAGAAUGGGGCUGCGGCCCUGGAUGGGCGGCUCCAGGAGGGUGAUAAGAUCCUCUCGGUAAAUGGCCAAGACCUAAAGAACUUGCUGCACCAGGAUGCUGUAGACCUCUUUCGUAACGCAGGCUAUGCUGUGUCCCUAAGAGUACAGCACAGGUUACAGGUGCAGAAUGGGCCUAUAGGACAUCGAAGUGAAGGGGAGCCGAGUGGUAUCCCCAUAGCUCUGGUGCUGGUGCCAGUGUUUGCCCUCACCAUGGUAGCAGCAUGGGCCUUCAUGAGAUACCGGCAACGACUUUGAAAAGCUUGCUGUCUUCCAGUGCUCCCAGUAGAAGAUACAUUUCUCUCUCCCUCUCACCCUCCUCCCCUGCCAUUCUCCCAUAUCCUUCCCUCUCUGUGUAGCCAACACAUCAUUUUAAGAGACUGCUACCUAGCCAGGACCUCGCCACCCAAAUCUCCAAGUCCUUAUAUUCUAAUGGGAGAGUGAAGGCAUUGUUUGAAGACAAGACUUGGCUUGGAACAAAUGGGGAGUUAAUCUGUUUUGCUAGGACCACCAAUAGAAGUUCAGCUACAACCCAAAGAGGGAAAGGUCCAGUCUUCCCAUCAGCACGGGUGAUACCUGUUCCUUAGCUGGCAUGCCUCAAAGGCCAGCUGUGUGCUGCAAGAGAAGAGAGGAUUUUUCUCCUUAAUGAUCUUCCUUGGGAAGUUUUUGUGGCCUUUAUUUAAUUUCUAACUACAUACUUGGGUGCCUAUAUCAAACACAGGAUGGUGAGGAGAGCAUUUUUGCUUUUUCAAAAAAGCAAAUGCACACACACACACACACACACACACACACACACACAUAUACACAUCCAUAUAUGACAGUAUAAUAGUGAUGCCUCGUGGAGAAUUAAAGAAGUGGAAAGCGGCUCUGUGGUUUCAGGUUUCUGUUAUAAGGGAUGUUCUGAAUGGAAGAAUGCGAUGCGUAGCAGAAGUUGAGGGAGUGAGCCUUACAAAGAUGCCCAAAAAGAAAAAGAGAAGACCAAAGCAACUAAUCAGAAAUCUUAGAACAAUAUUUCUUCUUACAAUAGCUGUGGUGGAGUGGAGGUAAAAUGCCAUAAUCCAGCUUCAUGUAAGUCAGUCUGUUCCCCAAUCUUUGAAAUGCAAAGGUAAAUCUGACUGGUCUCUGGACUGCCCUAGGGACCUUUUUGGUACCUCACAGUCCUGUUAAAGGAUCAGCUGGCAUGAUUGUGGCGGUGCCUCCAAGGUGACACCUGAACCCUCUCAGGCCAUCUAACAGACUUUUGGUCUCUAGAAAUAGGCAAAUUCUGAGUGAUGGAGCCGCUCUCUGUCAGGACAGGCAUGAAGCAGCUCCGCUUACAACUCAGUUGAGAGGGUUUGGAUCACAAGUAGUUUUGAGAGGAUCUAAACACCGGCUGUGGCUUUGAAUGAACAAACCAUUUUGCAGGGAAGGGGAAGAAAAGAGUUUUAUCUUAGUGGAUAGGGAAGUUUGGUGGAUGUUUCAUGGGGAGACCUUGAGAGAAGGAGAUGGAUGAAUGGAUGCUCAGGAAUACCAAAGACAUUAAUGAGAUAGGAACCAGUCCGUUCAUGUGCUACUGAAUGUUGGUUUUAAGGCCCUAACUAAGGAGAGCUGAACCAAGACAGAUUCUCUAGCUUAAAAAGAAAUCAUUUCCGCCCUCCAGAUAUACUGGCUAUCAGCUACAGGCCUUACAUGAUCCCGACAGCAAUAGUGUGAACACCUGCCCUGAGGCAACCAGCCGUGUCCGACUUUUAGCGUGGAUAAUCUAGUCAAUAUUUUACACUUGUUGGUUGGACACCAGCUUUGUUAAGACACUUUUACAAAGAAUGUCAAAUUUAUACUGCAGACAGCAAAAGGGAACAGUUCCUGAGACUCAAAACACUUGGGAAAGUUCCCUGGAGAAAGGGGACAAAUUGAGGACCCUUGAGGAGCUCACAGUCUAAUUAAGGCAAUUCAUAAAUAGAUGAGAAGUUAAAAGUAUAUCAUAAGUAACAGUUGAAAACAACAAAUGGAAAAAGAAACUCAGAACAUGAUGUAGCAACAGAGAUGUGCAGGCAGCCAUCACAUUUUUUUUUUUCAGGAAUUCCAAAAAAGAAAGCUGUCACAUAAUGACAUCAGGCCAGAGUGUAAAGGGAAGGCUUUUAAAAAUAAAAACCUUAGACCUUUCCUCUGGGCCAACCAUUGCUCUAAGGAGAAACUUGCUUUAAACAAUCGCAGUAGGACUUAGGCUCUUACACCUGAACUGUUCAGUACCUUUGAGACUCACUUAGACGACUGUACCUGUAGGGCCCACAGAGAGUACGGACGGUGUUCUAGUUCUCACCUCAACCAGUCCCGCUGUGGAGGCACCACGCUGGGUGCCUGCCCUGCGUUUGGAGGCUGGUGCAGAAGCUUCCGCAAAGGGCCUGCUUACCUCCCGGAACUCAUCUCAGGGUUUGGACAUCAACUCUUGAGAGGACCUUGAGACAUUCAAAAUAAAUAGGACACUUAUCCCCUUGUUGGUAGAAGUUUUGCUUUGUCUAAUAAUAGGGAUUCCUAUGCACUUUAAUAAUUUAGUUUUUUUCUGGAAUUAAACAGCAUUAAAAGACCCAAGUUUUAGGCAUGAUUCAAGUUUUAGGCAAGUAUGCCAUUCAACUUUCCUGAUUCUCUAGAAAACUUUUAUUCUGGAUGAAGUAUUGAAGUCCAUUGUAGGUCAUUUAAAAAAUUCAUGAUCUAUAUAGAUCUUUCACUUUACAGAUUGUGUCUAAUAUUCCUGCUACCUAAAUUACUAUGUACAAGUUUUAAAAAUUGAAUGAAAGUAUUUUAAGACCAUAUACUUAAAACACUUCUGUAUUUAUCAUCUUAUAUGAAUAAUUUUAAUAAGACAUCGUUUGCUUCCAUUGUCUCUGUUUUCUUUUUUCCUGCCAAGUUUUAAUCUGUGCUAUUGAUUUAACUUAAUUAUUCACACCAUCUAGCCAUGUACAAUAGAAAAGGAAAUUAAUACUUGUUACCAUAUUUUGUGCUGGAUAGUGUACUAAAUCCUGAUUGGUACACUGUAUGUUUAUGACUCACAACUCUGAGAUCUAAGUAUUGUUUAAAAAGACACCAAAGGAAGGAUAAUAAAUUACUUUUCUAAGAUUACAUAGGUGGUAGUGGAAGAAUCAGGAUUUAACUCAGGACAUCGGAUGCCACUGUCAGUGAUAUUUCUUAUUCGCAGUGGUUAUCAAAGUGUCAAAACAUCAGCAUCACUGGGGACCUUGUUAGAAAAGUAAAUUCUUGGGCUUCAUCCCAGACCUGCUGAAUCAGAAACAGUACAGCACUGAGUAAUCUGUGUUGUAACAAUCCCUCCAGGUGACUGGUUGACCGUGAACUUUGAGAAUCGCUGCUCUAUGCCAAUAGUUGUCCUCUUUUUCUUAGGCUAGAAUCAUCUGGAAAGCUUAUAAAAUUCUGGUUCCCGGAAGCACCUAGACCAACUCAAUAGAAUCUCUGGGGGUGGGACUCAGGCAGCAGUAAAAUAAAGUUCAUCAGGUCAUUCCAGUAUGCAGUGUCAGUAAACAAUGCUCUGUGGCAUUUAAAUUCUUAAAUAACUUGAAUAGUCAAAUCACAUGCAGGCAUUGCUCCAGUCUAAAAUGAGAAUUUCACUUGGGCCUUUUUUUUUUUUUUAAUGUUUAUUUAUUUUUGAGACAGAGACAGAGCAUGAGCAGGUGAGGGGCAGAGAGAGAGAGGGAGACACAGAAUCUGAAGCACACUCCAGGCCCCGAGCUGUCAGCACAGAGCCCGACGCGGGGCUCAAACUCACGGACUGUGAGAUCAUGACCUGAGCUGAAGUCGGACACUUAACCGACUGAGCCACCCAGGCGCCCCUCACUUGGGCCUUUUAGAGCCGAACUGUGAGCUUCUGCCCAAGUGUGGAUGUGGAAUGAGAAGUGGAGCAUUCUGUGGCUUCUGAUUUGCUAAGGACUGGCCAGCAAAAUGUUAUUAGUGAUUCAGUGUGUGCAGCUAGUAAAUAAAUUAGAGCCAAAUCAUAGAACAUUAGAGCUAAAAGGGAACCAGAAAGAUUCUAGGAUUAAUCUUAGAGAUGAGAAAAUCCAGGCUCAGAGAGAAACUGACUGAGAUCUGAGAUCUAAGUCAGAUCAAAGACUUAGUCUAUUGUAGAAGUGCCCUUUCCAUCUCAUAUUUGUGACUUGAAUGUAUCCACUACAUGAACAUAGACAAUGUCCUUUCUAUCUCCAUCCACUUGUAUCUUCUGUCUUUGGGCCUUGAACAGAGACGGGAAGAGCUGACAGCUGAAGGGUAUUGCAGGCCAUUGGGCAAAACUGGGAGAUCCCACAGAAUCAUCUGUGAAAGCUCUAAUAUCAAAUUCAAUCACACAAGCUCUUCUGAAACAAAUUCCAGUAGUUUUAAACUAGAGAAGUGUGUGUGUGUGUUUUGAUGUUGGACAUUGUUUUUAUUGUGUAAAUAGCAAUUUAAACGGAAUAUGUAAAGAAACGGAACAUAACCAUUAGGCUGUCAAGUAUGGAGGGGGAGUGGUAUUCAUGUAAUCUCACGUGGAGCCAAUAAAGAUUUUACUCUAGUCAA